AUAUCAGCGAGUGCGCCAGCCAGCCUUGCCAGCAUGGCGGGACGUGUUUAGAAGGAGUCAACCAGUACACAUGCAUCUGCCCUCCAGGAAGAACCGGGAGCCGCUGCCAGCACCAGGCCCAGACUGCCGCCCCCGAGCGCCAGGCGGACGACCCCGCCUUCAGCCGCGCGCCCCGCUGCGCGCAGGUGGAGAGGACCCGGCACUGCAGCUGUGAGGCGGGUUUCCAGCUGAGCGGCACGGCGGGCGGCGACAGCGUCUGCCAGGAUGUGAAUGAGUGUGAGCUCUACGGGCAGGAGGGGCGCCCCCGGCUCUGCAUGCACACCUGCGUGAACACACCUGGCUCCUACCGCUGUGCCUGCCCCAGCGGGUACCGGACCCUGCCCGACAGGAAGAGCUGUGAGGAUAUUGAUGAGUGCGUGAGCUCACAGCACCUGUGUCCCCGGGGAACCACAUGCAUCAACACGGGUGGAGGCUUCCAGUGUGUCAGCCCCGAGUGCCCGGAGGGCAGCGGGAACGUGAGCUACGUGAAGACUUCUCCCUUUCAAUGUGAGCGAAACCCCUGCCCCAUGGACAGCAGGCCCUGCCACCACCUGCCCAAGACUAUCUCCUUCCACUACCUGUCCCUGCCCUCCAACCUGACAACGCCCAUCACGCUCUUCCGCAUGGCCAUGGCCUCAGUGCCCGGCCGACCCGGACCCAACAGCCUGCGGUUUGGCAUCGUCGGUGGGAACAGCCGCGGCCACUUCGUGAUGCAGCGCGCAGACCGCCAGACCGGAGAGCUGAUCCUCGUCCAGCCCCUGGAGGGGCCGCAGACACUGGAGGUGGACGUUGACAUGUCAGAAUACCUAGACCGCUCCUUCCAGGCCAACCACGUGUCCAAGGUCACCAUCUUUGUGUCCCCGUACGACUUCUAAGGGUGCUUGAGCACGGGCUGUGGAGAUCUGGGCUCACGUCUCUUCAAAGCCUCGGCUGUGGGCACUGACUGCGAGACACUGGCCCCACUGCCCACCUGCUCACCUGCCUAUGCACCAGGUGUCCCGGGCAGCGCUGCACUCUGGCCCACAGAGUCGCACAGAAGGGCAGCCACAAAACCCAAACUGCUGCCGUCGCUUCUGUUUUCUGCUUUAAGGUUGUUCCCUUUGAUUAUGCGCUAAUUUUCUGAAAUCUCUUUACCAGGGGAAUGGGCAGCUUUUGAAAAUGCUGUGUGAAUGGCACUGUGGGUCUCAAUUAGCUGGGGAGGGGAGGCUCGUGUCUGUCUGAGGUGGUUGCGAGUCCUGAAUUAUGACAGUCACGCUGAGGGUCAAACUGUGCCCUGUGUGCGUGGCACGGGGAGGGUCCUCGGCCACCACACAGUGUUCUGCUGUUGUCCGUGUCCCCUCUGUGCCAUGCUUGCCAGCCUUCUCACCAGAGAGGGAUGCAGGGCCCGGGACCCCCAUACUGAUUCUUCUAGACCAAGAGACCACCAUUAAAGAGUAGAUUGUGCCUGAA